AGUAUUGUCAAGUCUCACCUCGACCGGGACAACGUACUUUGUUUGCCCGCCCUGUCAAUACUGAUGGGAGAGCGAUGUCGGCUGCGCUCUGUUCACAUGCGUCAGCGUGGGGGGAAAUAAGAGCAACUCACGUUCCGAAGUUACUAGCUUGUGAACAUAGAUACCGGGAAGCCCUCAAGAAGUACGGGCGUUUUCGCGUUUGUCAGCUGGUCACUGGACCUGUCCGUUCCAAGACAAGGACCACAAGCAGCUGGCGCAGCAUACGUACUAGUUACUCCGCCGUCUGCACGCAAGGACAUGCCUUUAGGAAGGGGCAAGGGCGGACAUAUCGGGAGGGUCAAGCCGACGAGGCCUAUCUCGAUCAACCUUAGCGCUUGCCCUCUGAGGCUAGCGCCAAGAGAGACGGUCCGGCCCGUCAGGUGAAAUUAAAGAGUCUGCCUGUCUUCGCCAGUCGUCGGUUUCCGCUCGACCUCGAAUAUUACUCGGCAGGUGAAAGGCCGAUGUCGACAGCGCACGUGUCCAAUAUCAUUGAGGGACGGGAGUGGUCCCAGGAAACUUGGUUUAUUGUUCGCAGACGCAGAUAGGCGAGAUGGUGUCAGAUUUCAGUCUGUCAGAUAAUUUUUUGAUCGGAUAGCAAGCA